GUGAGGAAGGGGCAGGAGGGAGGGAGUGAGCGCUUUAGAGAAACAGGGAGUGCGGAGCAAACGGAAAUAUCAAAUGCGACCAAUAUCAUUCAUGAUGUCGGACAUAAAAAGCCUGGAGCAUCCGACGUUAAAGGUUCCAUACGAAUUGUUAAACAAAAAAUUUCGCCUAGCGCAAAAGACAUUGGAUCGUGAAGUAUCACAUGUACAGGUAGCAGCCAACGAAUUAGAAAAAAUAGGCUUGAGAGGCGAUGGAGAGAGUGUUCCUACAGGUGAAAUAACUCGUCUCUUAGGUGGCGUAGUAGCUAAGCUUCAAGUUUUAAAAAGGAAAGCAGAGGAAUCAAUUGCAGAGGAGCUACAGACUGGUAUGGUUUGUAAACGAAGGUUGGAUCACCUAAAAGAUCAUGCAAAUACAAAUAACAGUGCGGUAAAUCAAUGGAGAAGGCAGAGACUGGAUCGAAUGCUUGUAGAAUAUUUUCUUCGCAAAGGGUAUUACAAAACAGCCAUGAAAUUAGCUGACACUAGUGAUCUUAGAGAUUUAACGAAUAUAGAUGUUUUUAUGGUAUCCAGAGAAGUAGAAAAAUCAUUGGCAAAUCAUGAAACAGCCAGAUGCCUUGGGUGGUGUCAUGAUAACCGAUCGAAAUUACGAAAAUUAGGUAGUACAAUGGAAUUUAAUUUGCGUAUUCAAGAAUUUAUAGAGCUUGUGCGCGCAGAUCGAAGGUUAGACGCUGUAAAACAUGCACGAAAGUGCUUUGCGAUUUACGAAGACUAUCAGCUGCAGGAAAUACAAGCUUGUAUGGGCCAAUUAGCAUUUCCAGCAGAUCCUCAUCAUAGUCCUUAUAAAGAUCUAUUAGAUGAAAAAAGAUGGGACAGAUUAAUCGAACAGUUUCGUCAUGAAAAUUAUAGACUUUUUCAACUGGCGAGUCAAAGUGUAUUUACAGUGGCAUUACAGGCUGGUUUAUCAGCUUUAAAAACGCCUCAGUGUUAUAGUGGUAAUAAAGAAGGGAAAAAUCCUAGUUGUCCAGUAUGUAAUGAAACGUUGAACGAACUUGCUACUCCAUUACCAUUUGCGCAUUGCUCGCAGUCAAGGCUUGUCUGUAGUAUCAGUGGUAAAGCAUUGAAUGAACACAAUCAACCCAUGAUGAUGCCAAAUGGUUAUGUUUAUGGUGAAAAGGCUUUAGAAAAAAUGGCACAGGAAAAUAAUGGAACUGUAGUUUGUCCAAAAACCAAAGAAGUAUUUCCUUUUAAGAAAAUCGAAAAAGUUUACGUUAUGUAAGCCACUGGAUCACAAAUUGUAUUAUACACAUUAGAUUUAAUUUUCUCUUAUCUCAUAUUAGACUAAGGAUUUUUGUUU